AAAGUAAAUUCAAACCUGAAGUCAAGUAUGAUGAUUGGAGUCUUUGGACGAAGAAAAUGCAUCCGUUCCGUCUUCAGUGAUUUAUUGAGUAGCUAUCCCGGUCGUUGAUUGUUUUUCAUCCUUCAAGGGUGGGAUAGUUUCUCGUACAUUUUAGUUAUAAUCUUGUAUGUUUUAGUGUUGUCGUUUGUGCUUGAAAAAGUAGAAUACGAAUGAAAAAUUUGAUCUUGAAGUUGAUGAUUCGAAGAGUAUACGAUUGUAUUGAAUUGUAAGUCUUUAGUCCAUGUAGUUGGUGAAGUAAGGUGUACUGUUAGAGCAUAUAUGCUGAAGCAGAAUUCCUGAAGAUUGUAAUAUGAAUUAGUCCUGGGGAAGAUGUAGGAGAUUUGCUUUGUUAGCUUUGAUCAGCAUGAAAUUUGAAGUUGUAAGUCGUUCGUUAUUUUUGGUUGUCAAAAGAAAGAGAACAUACGACUUGACUUGGUGAAGUAUAGGAAAGUGCUCCACCAAGUUCAUCUGUGCUUGUUUCAAGUGAGAUAUUACAUUUUACCAAAAACCAUGUCCCAAGAAGACUCUGUUACGACAGACACGCAGGUAGGUGAUGAGAGCCGCCAAAUUGAAAAAGAAGUCGAGUUAGAAAGAGUAAUUCAGGAAGAAUAUAAACUUUGGAAACAGAAUGUUCCUUUCCUUUACGAUUUAGUUAUUACUCAUGCCUUAGAAUGGCCCUCUCUGACGGUUCAGUGGUUACCGGAUAAACACACAGUUCCAGGAAAGGACUAUUCGGUUCAACGCCUUCUUUUAGGAACCCAUACAUCAGGACAUGACCAAAAUUACUUACAAGUUGCUUCUGUCCAGUUACCCAAUUUCGAUGAAGACACUGUUGAUAUCACACCUGCUAAUGUCCGUAGAGCUCAACAUGAAGGCUCUUACAACAUUGAAGUUACUCAAAAAAUUUGUCACGACGGUGAAGUAAAUCGCGCUCGCUAUAUGCCUCAAAAUCCUGAUAUUGUUGCUACUACGGGGGUUGCCGGGAAUGCCUACAUCUUCAACUUGAACGAUCAUGGUGCAUUACCAACAAGCAAUUUUUCUCCACAAGCUAUCCUCCGUGGUCAUACUUCUGAAGGGUAUGGUCUUUGUUGGAACCCUAAUCAGCCAGGUCGUUUAGCGACGGCCGCUGAAGAUCAACUCAUAUGUUUAUGGGACAUUAAUACGUCCUCAUUUUCUGCUACUGAGUCGGUGGAUCUGCCUCCUACCGUAAAAUUCCAUCGUCAUUCUGAUAUUGUUAAUGAUGUCCAAUAUCAUCCCCAACAUGAAGCCCUUUUAGUGUCAGUAUCCGACGAUUGCACUUUGCAAAUACAUGAUACUAGAUUGAAUCCUAACGAUCGUGCUCCUAAAGUUAUUCAUGCCCAUUCGAGUGCCAUUAAUGCUGUAGCCAUAAACCCUUUCAAUGAUUACUUACUGGCUACUGCCAGUGCUGAUAAGACCGUUGCUCUUUGGGACCUUCGAAAUCCUCAUCAGCGCCUUCAUACAUUAGAAGGACACGAAGAUGAUGUUUAUGGUUUAGAAUGGUCUACUCAUGAUGAGCCCAUCUUAGCUUCUAGUUCUACUGAUCGCCGUGUUUGUAUAUGGGACCUUGCCAAAAUUGGAGAAGAACAAUCUGCAGAGGAUGCUGAAGAUGGCGUUCCCGAAUUAUUGUUCAUGCACGGUGGACAUACAAACAGAAUCUCAGAGUUCAGCUGGUGCCCGAAUGAGCGCUGGGUAUUUGCGAGUAUAGCCGACGAUAACAUUCUUCAGGUAUGGAGUCCUUCCCGCGUUCUUUGGGGUCGUGAUGAUGUACAAAUCUCAUCUCGCGAUUUAGAAUAACAACAAAAAAGCAAUCUAUUAUUAUCAGCUGUGUACAACUAAAAAUUAUCAUCCUUCUAAAAUAGACUAUGAACAAAGCCAUACAUGACACCUCCUCUAUUGACUAUCUAUAUCACUCAAUAUAAAUUGAUUAACUUACAAAAGAGAUUUCAUGGUCAUUAUUAUAAAAAAACC